AUGGCAACAUCAAUAAAUCCAAUCGUUCAAUAUAUUUUAUUACGACGUGAUUUAAAGAAAAUGAAAAAUUAUAAUGACGGUGCUAUUAUUGCCCAAGCAUGUCAUGCAUCAACUGCAAUUCUAUAUAAAACAAUCAAUGAUGAUAUAACAAAAUCUUAUUUUAACGAUUUAGAUCGUAUGCAUAAGAUAAUUCUCGGUAUUGAUGGAGGUGAAACUGAAUUAAAUGAAAUAAGUAAUAUGCUUAAAGAAAAUUCCAUUGAACAUUAUUUAUGGAAUGAACAACCGGAAAAUAUCGCAACAGCUAUUGCUAUUAAACCUUAUUAUAAAAAAGAUGUUGAACAUUUUUUUUCCAAAUAUAAAUUAUAUCGAUAA